AUGCCCAAAACGUCACUGAUCGUAUUGCCGAAGCCAGCAAUAGCUAUCAAUCCUAUAUCGUUACACUGCGCCCGCUCAGACCGGGACAACAGUUUUGUCAGUAUUAGUAAUAAUGUGAAUAAUUCUAUCGGAAGUCGUUCUCUAAAUGGUUUAAUACGUAACGAACAGUCUUGGGAAGAAGUGACCAUUGUAGUGCCAUGGGGCACUAUCCAAGGCAAAUGGUGGGGUAGUCGCAAUAAGCAACCGAUAUUGGCUUUAGACGGUUGGCAGGAUAAUUUUGGCACUUUUGAUCGUUUAUGUCCAUUGAUGCCCGCAGAAUUGCCCGUACUUUGUAUUGAUUUGCCAGCGCAAUGGAUGGCGACGCCGACAAUAUUCACCGUUUGAUCUACGCAGUAUGUUGAGCCGCCCGAAUCAGGGCCGUGAAGCGCUCACGCGUGGUGAUAAUAUAAUCAUAAUAAAUCAGUACUACUACGAAUAAUAAAAGUAAGUAAUGGUAUUAAUAAUAAUAAUAUUUAUGAUAUUUAUUUUGUGAUUAUUUUUAGGUACAAAGCAGACACCACUCUUAAAACACGUCUCAUGUCAAAUGAAAAAAAAAAUAAAUACUAAUUGUGAUUUUUAUAAAUAAAUAAAAAUUUCGUUCAACUUCAGUUUUUGUCGUUAUAAGAAAUUUUUUCUCUCAAAUAGCCCUCAAAAAUACAUAAAGGAAAUAGGUAAACUUUUUUGUAUCGGCAAGCAACCUCCCGUUUGCAAGCCAAGGAGCUUCAAGGUCUUGAUUGUUUUAUCCCAAAUAUAGAAGUUUAUAUAAUUAACCCUGGGAAAAAUAAGCCUGCAACCUUGCUUAUGUAAAUUUUAAUUUUUUCUUUCUUUGAAUGUAAUUUUUAC